UAGUGUAGACAAGGAGGCCAGAGCAGGACCAGGAGGGCUGGGAGUGAGCUGAGGAGUGCACAGCGGGUGGGACAAAGGAUUGGUCAGGACCAGAGGCUGACUUGUUCCCCCGCUGGGGGCGGGUGCAGGUUCUCUCACCAUGCAGGGCAGGCUCACGUGUGAGCGUGGGGCCGACGGACACACCAGAGAAUCCUGGCAGUUUUGCUUCAAUGAGCCGAUAACCUACCUCUUUGACCCGAAGAACAGAAAGUGGACAGUGGAUCAUUCUGGAGGCCAACAGGUUAAGGACAUGUUGGAUGGUGACAGAGAGCUGACCAGGCUGCUCGUGAGGACCUCAAGCGGAGACUGUCAGAGCUGGCUUCAGCAAGUGUGGGAGCGCUGGGAUGAAAUGCAGGAGACCACAGUGCCACCAACCAUGCGACAAGACACGGCCCCGGGCAGGGCCAAGGCCAUCAGACCCGGCACCUGGAUCUUCCCCCUGCUCUUCAGCUGUGUGGUCAUACUUGGCAUCCCUGUUGGAGACCAUUAGAGGGGCAGGUAGUGAGAGCAGAUUGAGAGGGAAGGGAGGAGCAGAUGGCCUGGUGUGAGCACAAGGAACGGUGAAUUCCCAGCUUCACCCCUGCCCACUCUCUGAACCUUCUCGCAGGGCAGUGGGACCAGGUGAAUGAGAUCUCCUCCCACGUGCUGGCAACAACUUGGGCAAGCUCCGCUCUGAGCUCUGAUAUGGCCUCACUCACUGUUAAGGCCACUGGGAAAGGGGAAGGGCCCACACCACUGCUUAAGGCCUGUCAGUGCUAAAGGG